ACUGGGUGGUAAAUAGCCAAUCUGGAAUCAGGAUAGAACUAAAACUAGCCUAUAAGCAGCAGGAGGUGAGACUUGUGCACAUACAGACGUAGGUAGAAAAAUAACACGUCUAGAACUUAGGGAGUUCCAACAUGGCAGGUAUGCAGAGACGGUUGCGGAAUGAAUGGUUGGCUUUGCAGAAUGAUCCACCUCCUGGAAUGACUCUAAAAAGAAGAAGAGUUCAGAAUACAACCACAGAGUGGGUUAUAGAACUGAAAGGCUCUCCUCGAACCCAGUACGAGGGCCAGAAGUUCCAGCUUCUCUUUACAUUUGGCAGCCGAUACCCGUAUGAACCUCCUCAGGUCAUGUUUACUGGCAAGAACAUUCCGGUCCAUCCGUACGUCGACAGCAACGGACACAUCCGUCUGUCCAAUUUAACAGAGCACUGGAUUCCAGUUCUGACUGUCCGGUCCUGGUGCUUUAGCAUUAUCAGCAUGCUAUGCAUUGCGAGUGUGAAGCGUCGUCCACCCAAUAACUCCUCUGACGUACAAACAUGUAAUAACUCCCCAAAGAAGAGAAAGUGGUGGUGUUGGUGGUAGCACGGUUCUGAAUAAGCCUCACCACCAGGACUGGCACUGGCACCAUAUCAGCAGACAAGCAGUUGUUUUUUUUAAUUUAUUUUUCUACUUCUUUCUUUCCAGGUUGAUGUUUUGUGCAAUGAUUAAGUCUUUGUGUAAAGGCAGUCAGUCCAGGCAUGUCAAUUAUAUAACGGAAUAAAACAUUUAUUUUAGAUGAGUAGAUAAAUGUAAGACUUGCUUUUGCAAAACCAUUUUUUAUAAAUAAUAAACCUUCUUUUUCUGUAUGCACUCAA